AUGACACUAGAGCCUUCUACACAAGCUCCCGUCUCGGAUUUCGGCAGCAUUCGUGCAUCGAGUCAAAUUGGAGGAGCUUUCCUUUCACAAUCUGUUGCAGCUUGGUGCUACUCUAACCCAGGCGCCGGGAUGUCCAUGCCGAGACCUUGCCAUGUCGAACAGCCGCGCCUUCUGCCUCGACUCUCGUAUCGGGAGCUUGCCUUGCUAUCGAUCCUCGAUCCAUCUCCUUGGAGCAAAGUGACAGCACCGAGGCUUAAAAGCUCCAGGCCAAAGUCCCUGGAUGCACUUCAGGCGGCGCCCGCGACACUUGCAUCAUUCAGCUUGGUUGCCAGGUCGCCCCAACAUCAAGACCUUCCUGACCGAGAUCAUCGAGCCUCGGCCUGCUAUCCCUCACCACCACAUCAAACCCAACGCCCCAACACUGCAAGCAUCACAAUAGGCGCCACAUCUCCGCCGAUCAUUAGACCUGCAAUUGAUGGCCUCCUAUCACAGUCUCAUUUGGCUAUCCCUCCCGCUAUGAGUCUCCAGACAAGACAUCCUCACCACCAGUCCUUGUCAAUCAAACUAAAAUCGCCCAACCCGGUUGCGGGUCAGGCGGCAACGGUAUCCAACUACCACUCAAAUGAGCUUUGA